UUGACAGUCAUGUUCGACUGCAGUGACCAACAAGCUGAUACUUCACCGAUUAAGCAAACUUGGUUGCGUUCAGCGGGACCUAAGGAGGAAUAUCGUAACACAGGAGACGCUUUGCAUCAGCAAAUUUAACAAACCAAACAUGAAGGUCCUGAAUGCAGAAGAGCUGCGGGUUGCUGAGGGAGUUUUGUUCAAGCAAUUACCGAAAAGUUUAAGGGUGUAUGGACUCUUACACAGCAUGAACAUGCAUAAAGGAAAUACAGUGGACGUUGUUGUUGAUACGUGGCCUGAUUUUAAGGUCAUCAUUUGCCGACCAGAUCUCAAGUCCAAAUAUACCUGGAAUGUGCAAAUACCUAAAGAUGCCAACAAAACAGUGUCAUACUACAGCACAGAUGAACAGAUACUGAGAAGAAUGUUGACAGAGGAGAACUCACUUGACUGGAGCACUUAUUUUAUGGUGGAAGGAUUUGAUCUCACCCAUGCCACCUUGUUAAAAGACAUGUCCUCUGCCCGAGGUGUCAAUGCCCGGCUCAUCUGCGUGGCACGUGUUAUGUACCUGCCAGACUGCACUUUGCCCCCAGUAGAAAUUGAAAGUGAACUCCGAUCAAGGAUUUCAUCUCUUAACGAUUCCCAUGUUGAGUUAGUGAACAGCACAUGGAAGUAUGGAGGGGACGAGGUGGGCCAUUGGAACAUAAAAAACUACAUCAGCAACUUCCCAUCCUGCUGCAUCACUGACGACCAGGGUCAGCCAGUGUCCUGGAUUCUGGUGUAUAACGACUGUGCCAUGGGCAUCUUAUACACUCUGCCUGAGCACAGACGGAAGGGUUAUGCCAAAAUCGUGGUCAGCACCCUGGCCAGGAAGCUGCAUGCUGAGGGCUACCCAGUGUACUGUUUCAUAGAUGAAGACAAUGAGGUGUCAUACAGGCUCUUCAAAAAGAUGGGCUUUACUCAGGAUCCCUCAUACAGGGCAGCCUGGCUUGAGUUCAACUUUUGAAGUCC